CCCGGUCGACUCCACCAUCUUCCGAGUGAAUAAGCCACAUCGGCGAAAAUAACCCCCGGCUCCGUGUCGAAAUUGUCCCAACCUUCAGGAUAGCAGUAACAACUGGUGAUUGCUUUAAUUCGUGGUCUUCAAGUCCCCCAUAUCGCCGCCAUGGUUGUCAAGAUCCGUCUCGCCCGAUUUGGGCGCCGAAACCAGCCCUUCUACAAUAUUGUCAUUGCCCACGCCCGGACGGCUCGUAACUCCCGCCCGCUCGAGGUCAUUGGCACAUACGACCCAAUUCCUAAACCCGACCCUUACGACACAUCCGGAAAACUUCAUAAGGAUAUCAAGCUCGAUAGUCAACGCGCGAGGUAUUGGAUCGGUGUUGGUGCACAGCCCACAGACACAGCCUGGAGGUUACUUUCUAUGGUGGGUAUUCUACCAAAGAAGCCAUUUGGCCCCAAGCAAGACAACACAAAGGGCGUCAUAGACCAGGAGAAGGUCAGAAUUCGAUGAGUGGCCUAGGGGUUGUAUGAUUUGUACGAAAACGCAUCUCUGGGCGUUGGUUUCAGGACGUUAUCACGAAGUUCAGAUGGAGUCGAAAACCCAGAGGGCCAUAUCAAUGUCGAGAAGUAUUGGGGCUCGUGCAGGCUACUGGAUCAGAGACCUGUGCAGCAAUCGAGGAAAACUGUAUGAUAUUUGUUGGAAGGGUUCACAUCACGACGGCCAAUCCAUUUUUUUUCGCUAUUGUAAUUGUAUUGAAGCGCUACCCAAUACCAUGUCUAACUAAGUUUAAGCCAUCUAUUGAAGCAGAGACGCUGAGAAAAACAUCAUAUGCCCCUUCUUACAACGCCUGUAUCCAACAUUUGUCAUCCAUGAGGCCGUAAGAGAAAAUGAUACAAUUAAUGAGUGACAGCAAAGAAAAUGUUCAGAACAAGACACACGGUCAUGACAACGGAUCCGUAUAUCGCCAGUGCGAGGGCGAGUCUACGCAGAUGGUGAUGUUCGAUGUGCUCGAGAUCCCAUCGCCACUUGCGUCUCCAACGCCAUGAGUUUCGGUUGCUGCGGGUGCUGGCAUUGCUAGCGAUGCUCACACCACUGCGAACACUAGUUGUGCUCUGCGCCAGUGCAGCAGAGUCCUCCACAU